AUGGAGGCAAUCAAGUCAGCAGUACAAGCCACGGUCAACCGGGCAACCAGAGUCAAAACAAAGGCAGCCAGUACAGGCACCAGGGCAACCAGACAACCCCGUCAACCUGGCCAACCAGACAACCCGGUAACCAAGUCCACGCCUGGACAACACCGGUCAAGCCGGGUCAACCUGGCCAACCAAGUCAGCCAGAGACAACCCGUCAACCUGGCCACCAGGUCAAACCACAGGUCAAAAGCCAGUCAAGGCAACCAGACGACCCGGUUCAACCCUGGCCAACCAGUCAGCAGCGACAACCUGCCAACCAGGUCAACCAAGUUUCAGCCAGCGUCAAGGCGCAACCAGGCACAACCCGUCAACCGGCCAACCAGGACACACCGCGGUCAACCUGGCCAACCAAGUCAGCCAGGACAACCCGGUCAACCUGGCCAACCAGGUCAACAAGGUCAUCCAGGUCAAGGACAGCCAGGGCAACCAGGACAAGCCGUUCAACCUGGCCAACCAAGUCAGCCAGGACAACCCGGUCAACCGGACCAACCAGGUCAACAAGGUCAGCCAGGUCAAGGGCAACCAGGACAACCCGGUCAACCUGACCAACCAGGACUACCCGGUCAACCUGGCCAACCAAACGCACUUAACUUCGCUACCCUAUUAGUACGAAAUUUCUCCGAAAGUAACACACGAGCUCUCUCAAAUAUUUGGGUGACACCAAUAUAUAAAACCACCAUACACUAA